AUGAAGUUCAAGGCAAGUUUUCUUCCUACUUUGGCUUUGGCCACUGUCUCGCUUGAGUUCUCUAAACCUAUGGCUGGGCGGUCGACCUCAUUCGUGAAGGCUGAGGGCCAAAGCUUCACCCUCGAUGGCCAACCAUACUGUGUCUUUGGCUCCAACUCCUACUGGGUUGGCUUGACUGGUCUCACCACCGAUGAGAUGGAUGUUGUUUUCAAGAACAUUGCCACCACCGGGGCUUUAACGAGGUCACCUCCGCUAACGGGGAACUACUACCAGCUCUGGAACGGAAGCACCGCUACCAUUAACUACGGUUCAACUGGUCUUGGAAACUUCGAUAAUAUUGUGGCUGCUGCCAAGGCAAACAACAUUCGCCUCAUUGUUACACUCACGAAUAACUGGUCAGAUUAUGGUGGAAUGGACGUUUACGUUAACCAGAUUCUCGGGGAGGGCCAGCCCCACGAUUACUUCUACUCUAACCCCGAGGUCAUUGCCGCCUUCCAAAACUACGUGAGGGUGUGGGUUGAGAGGUACGUCGACGAACCCACCAUCCUCGGCUGGGAAUUGGCAAACGAACCGCGUUGCACCGGCUCGACAAGCGCGACCUCAGGCAAUUGCACCACCACCACGAUCACCGACUGGGUCAAGACUAUGUCUACCUACAUUAAGUCUUGCGACAGCAACCAUCUUGUUGGCCUCGGAGAUGAGGGCUGGUUUAACUGGUCUAACUCUACCGAUUAUACAUACGAUGGUUCUCAGGGUGUCGACUUUGAUGCCAACUUGGCCAUUGACACCAUCGACUUUGGAACUUUUCAUCUAUACCCUUACAGCUGGGGUGAGGAAACUCCGAGCGCGAUGACCUGGGGCCAGGGAUGGAUCGAGGACCACCGCAGCGCUCAGGCCACCUACAACAAACCCGUGCUGAUGGAAGAGUUCGGUGUCUACGCUGACCAGAACCAGACCACGACCUACGAGAAUUGGUACUCCACCGUUAUCGAUUGCGGAUUGACUGGUGUACUCAUCUGGCAAGCUGGUUCAAACUUAACGAGUGGACCGACGCCCGACGACGGUUUCACGAUCUACCCUGAUACACCCGUGUAUUACUUGGGAGAGCAAUAUUCGACUCAACUCAGAGCAAGGGAACUUUAGGGACUUUAAAGGGCACUUUGUCCAGACAUCAAUGAUUUAUGCAAGGGUGUCAAACAACCGAACAAUGGUCCAUAAGAACUUCGUGAAAGAGUAAGCUCCGCGGCGAGGUAUGAGUUUCAUGUCGGGGCUUCCCCUCGGAAUACUUGGCCAAAAUAACCAGUGAACACGAUUAUGUGCGUGACCACAAAGCCAGGAAAGCAUAGAGUGAAUUAUCGUCUCACUGUGACGAUUCGCCUUUUGAAUUCAUCAACUGAUCGAGAAGUUCGGCGACUUUCCGACGAGCUUCAUUCU